UAUGGAGUUCUCAAUGAGUGGAAUGGUGUUUGAAUUGUGUUUUUAAAUAUUUAAAACAAGUGGCUCACCUGCGUCUGAGUGUUUGGUUACCUCCACUAGCGAUACACAGCAAGGUCAGUCCGACAAACAACCAUGGUCUGUUGGGUCGACUCGUCCCAGAGGUUCUGUCGGAAGCAUGCCUUCUGGUUCCUGCUCCUCAGCUACGUCCUCUUCACACUCUUUGGGGGUCUGGUGCUCAUGGCUAUUGAGCAGCCCCAGGAAAACAAGCUCAGAGCACAGGUCCUUGAACUCCGAGAGAACUUUCUGAGAGACAACUACUGCGCACCGGAGAGCAGGCUGGAUACAAUUAUCGUGAAAGCGUCCUUUUCUGCUAAUCGAAACAUUGCUGUCUUAGAUGCACACAGAGAUGAUUGGAGCUGGGAUUUUAUCUCGUCCGUGUUCUUUGUGAUCAAUGUUUUGACUGUCCGUGGUUAUGGUAACUCCAGUCUCCUUUCUGAUGACGGAAAACUUUUCUGCAUCUUCUACUGCCUGCUGGGAAUCCCCCUCACCCUUUUUGUCCUCUCCUGCCUGUCUGACCUCAUGCUGCCCAUCCUUACCCACGGCCCUGUGCGCCACCUCCAGACCUACUGGGGCCUGCCCUACGGCCGGGCAGUGCUGCUCCAUGCCAGCCUCUUCUCUCUGGUCCUGGUGAUACUCUUGUUCCUGCUGCCCGCUACCAGCCUCUGCUACCUGGAGCCAGAGUGGAGCUUCCUGGACACCCUGUUCUUCUGCGUGGUCACCCUCAGCACCAUCGGCCAGGGGGACUACCUACUGGGGAAAAGGCACAACAAGGCGACCAAGGAGUGCAUGGAAUUCCUCACCUCCUGUUAUUUAAUGGCUGGCAUCGUGGCGAUUCUGACUUUCCAGGAGACUGCCACGGAGGUGCCACAGGUCCAAGCAGUGUUCCGGCUGUUCUGUGGACCCCAGGACAGAGAAGUGAAGGGAACAGACGGGGAUGAGAUGGUGCUCAGUGAAGAGGACUCUGGACCCAGAGGAGCUCCAGUACACUCUCCCUGACUCAAUUGUCCUCUGGAACCGCCUGCACCCCUGUCUCCUGAUCAGCCGAAUCCCCAUGAUCCUGACCCCCAACCUAUCCUGUGGUAGCCAGAAUACUGUUCCUAACUCCCACCGUUAGCAUUCAAAGACGUUGAAAUAGAUGGGUGAGUGAUUUGACUAUGUUGCUAAUACAUUAAUGUAUUUGUUUUGUAUAAGAACUGUAAAAGUUAUUUGAAUUGGACCUCUAGUCUACAUGUUAGCUGCUUAAAGGGAUACUUUGGGAUUUUGGCAAUUUAUCUACUUCCCUCGAGUCCGACGAGCUCGUGGACACCAGUUUGAAGAAAGUUGCUGGCUAGCACAAUUGCUAGUUACUAGUGCUAGCGCAAUGACUGGAAGUCUAUUGGUAUCUGCUAGCAUGGCUUCCAGCCAUUGCACUAAUGCGAGUUAGCAUUGGCUUGCGAAACUACUUCUAACUUCCUCCAUACUGGACAGAGACAUAAAAAUUGUGUCCCCGAGUUCAUCUGACUCUGGGGAAGUAAAUAAAGGGCUAAUUGCCAAAAUCCCGAAGUAUCCCUUUGAGGUCAUUGUUGAUUUGUAAAUCAAAUAAUAUAUUCAUAUUGCGUAGAUGGUAUUGAUUUUAGACUUCCUAUAAUAAUGUAAAUCAGGUGAUGAGUUUAAAACAUUUUUUUUUAAUGAUUGUAAACCCCUGAUAAAGGGUUGAGUUUGUGUAUUCUGGUUAUUUGAAUUGUACAAUACAGUUUAGUGUGUUUUUUGCGAAGAUGAAAAGUGAUUGUAAUAUCUGAGAAGCCAGACAGUCUUAAGUACUAAUAACAGACAUCUGCAUCUGCAGGGCCAGUUGUUCUAUCUUUUGUCAUAUAGACCCAUUUAGGUAAGGUGUCUUGAGAAACAAAGCAUUCCCAUUUCUCCCACUCCAUACCAUGACUUAAAAUGAAAAUAAUUUUAUGACGUAUUCCAAAAACAAUUGUUAGUAUCGAAGUCCUACACUUUCCUAUUACAAGUGUUCGUCAACUAAAUGACUUGCCACACAGUCAGUCCCUGAUGAAUGUAAUGGCUUAAGACUGUCAUGAUCAUGAAUGCACUAAACAGGUGAGGUCAUUUGUUUUCCUGUGUCGUUUUUACCCACUCUUAUACUGGGCAUGCUCUGUACAUGUUUAUUUUUUGGUUGCACCUUUCACUGAAUAAAAUCGUAAAUGUACCAUA